AUGAUCCAACUGCUCCCCAAUGAGGUGAUCGUCCACAUCACCGCUGAAGUAGACUCGCCACGCGAAAUGAGUGCUCUAUCAAGGGUAAACCGUCACUUCCACCACACUCUUGAUGACUUUCUCUACCUCCAGAGUGCGCUGAGAUGGGGCAACCCGGCACUGAUUUGGGCCGCGGAGCUGGGGAAAAUUGCCACAGCCGACAAAGCUCUGCGCGCUGGAGGGGACAUAAACGCCAAGGAGGCGCCUCAUCGCAAGAGCCUCAUGCCUAGACGCCUCAGAUGUCACAGGGAUAAAUACAAGACCGAUCGAUGCAAUCAUGGCAGCAACACGCCACUGAUGCUGGCCAUGGACGCUGGCCAUUACGAAAUGGUUAAGUAUCUUCUAGCCGUCGAGGGUAGGGAUAUAACAUCCAAGAAUGCAUGCGACUUCCAUCCUCUCCAAGCAGCUGUCUUCCUUGGGGACACUGCGAUGAUAAAGCUGUUGCUUCAACUAGAGGAUGUGGGACCAGAGCUUGCCGGAUGGGAAUUGAUGACGCCCCUCAUGACGGCAGCAAUGAAGGGGCAUGUGGAUGCGGUAAAGCUUUUGCUUCGCCGCCCUGAUGUAGAUCCUUCCAAGGGGAAUGGGUACACCAAGAAUUCUAUGUUCUUGGUUGCUUGGCAUGGGUAUGGCGAAAUCGCUAAAAUGCUUCUGGACGCAGGGGCAAGCCCGAACAGAUAUUUCGAUGUCUUCCCCCUAGAGAUGGCCGUAAACAGAGGCUACACCGAUGUCGUACGUCACCUCCUCGACGCAGGGGCAGUCCCGGAGUCCACUUCGCCUGCAGGUCUCUUGCACGAUGCCGCUAGGUGUAACUAUUUCGAUGUCGUCAAAGUCAUCCUUGAACGAUUCCCGGAAAUCGACAUCAACUUCAAAAAUAACUCUGGACAGACUGCAUUGUGGUAUGCAGCGAGGCACGGCCAAGAGGAAAUGGUUUCUCUCCUUUUAUCUCUCGAUGGAAUCGAAGUGAACGGUGAUUAUGCGAUAGGAACUCCGGUAGAGACGAUCAGACGGCUGAGAAAGGAUCAGUUGCUCGAACAUCCUGAGGUGAGCGAGCCAACAGUGUUGAUCGUUGCUGCUAUGCAGGGUUACAUGAAUAUAGUGAAAAUGCUCGUGAAUUUAGAAGAGAUUGAGUUAGAUGCGGUCAAUGUACUGGGCGAGACAGCAAUGGAGGCCGCGUAUGCCAACGGCCACAAUGAGAUCGCAGAGGUUAUCCGAGCGGCAAUGGAGGCGAAAUCUGCAUAG